AUGAUCCCCCAUUCUUCUGCCGGCCAACCCUGGGGCCACCCGAUGCGCACCCUCAAUGGAGGCCCCGGACGGGUUGACCUGGCUCAAAUGGCCGGCCAGUACGAUCCGCCAUCGGUCUCCUCGCAACAUUCCGUAUCGCAGUCGCAGAUGCAGUCACAACCGCCGCAGCCGCCGAUCCGCCAAACACCCGUGGUCGACUUGACAGCCAGCGGAUUUGAAUCGCACGACCGAGAACCCCCGCCCAAACGACCGAGGCUGGAUGUAUCAGGUGGAUCGAAUCUGGGAGAUGCCGGCUCGACGGUGAAUAGUGCCGAACCGCGGAGCACGCCCGGGAGUAGCGCUGGACCGCGGCCGCAGCUCUCGUGGCGCGGUCGACCGCUAUGGUCAUUUCAGGCUGUCAUGUCGGAGGUCCCUGGUAGCGAGAAUCGAGGGGAUGGUGCGACCGCAUCUAAGCCAUCGUCGCCACCUCCGUUUCCUGCUCAGCCGUGGACAAAUAUCCCGCCAGAGCGUCAGAUUAAUACGGACUCGAGUUCUCGCGAUGCAUCCCCGGUCAAGAAAGUGUCUACAACGCCGUAUCGGAUCGAGACGCCUUCUGCGGCUCCGAUUCUCAAAGGAGACAAAGUCGCCGGGUUUGCCCCGUGGACUGGAAACCACCCGGAAGAUAUCUUGAACGAGCAGACCGCUAAACAAGGCUAUUAUGACCGUACCCAAGUUUCCCAGAAUGAGUCCAACACCGCUCGCCCGGCUUUGUAUGCGCAGCUCAAGCACCGCACGGGGCUGCAAAUGCUUUCGUCGGUCUUUACCGCCGCCCUUGAGAAACGACAGGACCACAAUGCCGUCCAUGCUCCGUCGACUUUCAAACCACCGCCACGAGUUACGCUGACCGAUAAUAAGCGAGAAGCGUGGCUUCGCGACCUUGCCAACUCGGCCGUACCACUGCGCCGACUGAGCCGAACCAUUCCUCAUGGUAUCCGCGGUAAGGUACUGCUGGAUCAGUGCCUGGGUAAAUGGAUCCCAGUGGCCCGAGCCGUUUGGCUUGCAAAGUGUGUAGGUGCCAACGAAAUCCGUGCCUUCAAACGCAAAGGCACUAGCGGUGCUUUGGCGGUAGGCUUAGAGGCAAAGUGGGUUCGUGAAUGGACGACCAACGUUCAACAAUUUGUCGAGGGAGUCUUUAGUGCGCCAAAGUCGAAUGACUGGAAAGCAAAGAUGACCUACGCCGUGGGACUCACUGCUCGUCUCUUCUUCGAAAACCUCCUUGACCACGAUCACUUCCUGGAAUGGUUUUUGUCAUCCUUUGAAGCGGCGUCGCUGGCAACUGUGCCUGUCUGGCUGCUGAUGCUUGGUAUAUACUGGAACAAUCUCAUGCGGUAUCGUCGACGCGGUCGACGAUUAGCAGAACUUCUGCUUGAAAAGCUGCGACAGACUACCGCUGCCAAACUCGAUCCCCUGCAACCUCUCGUUGAUCGCCUAUCUCGUUUCAUCAACAAGCUGGUUCAUGAGCAUACCUCAUCGAUGAUUCUGCCGAAUUCAUGGGACACAUAUAAAGAUCAAAUCUCGUCAUGCCUCAACCUUUCUAAUAAAGUCGACCGAGCUCUGUUCCAGAGUAUUUCGGAACGCAACGUCCGCGUACAGCGACCUCGACACCCCAAACAAUCCGCUCAUCGCUCUCCCCAUCAACGCAUCAUUCGCCUCUUCGACUCGAUCCGCUCCGCCCACGAUAUCGUCGCAAUUUCGUCAGCUUGCCUGGACGCCGUUGACGAUCGGGCCGUUCUCGUUUCAAAACUGCUAGAGUGGCUUGCGACGCCGUUCCGUCAUGGCAUUUGCCGAGUUUACGUCGGCGUUCGCCUGCUGCGCAAGUGGAAGGCCUCGGGAGUUGAUGUCGACGAGCAUAUUCUUUCCUUCCUUUCGCAUACUGGGGUUAACAAGAAGCUCAAUAUGGAAAAUGUGUACCAUGCCAUCUCCGAGCUUGUCAGGUCACAGACAUUCUCGGUUGGCCGAUACCUCCAAUGGCUAAUGGCAAAAGGGGUGACAGCCCGUCAGCCCAACGACGACCAGUUAGCAACUGACACUCCUGGCGAUAUUGGACUAAUCGCUCAGCUUCCCGUUGGCCGUCUCCCCGAACACGUUGGCAACCUGCGUAAAACUCUGAUGGCGCGGACUGGGUUUUCCAUCUCAGACGAAGCCGAGAUGGCUACCAAUAUCAAGAUCAUGCUCAGCCAUCGUCUUCCGGCCAUUUUUCGUUCCGCGAUGUUGUUGGAUACGUCGCUCACCUCAUUGCCGCAGAAUCUGACAUGGGCUGUGAAGGCUGAGAUUGCACUUUGGAUUCGGCGCGGUGUUGCGGAGCAUACCCGUGUGCACGUUAAUACCUUACGAGCCAUGCUUCCGGGCGAACUCGGCCAUUCGGCAUCUGCGCUCACGCCUGAAGAGUUCUAUAUCGUUCGUGAUGUCCUUGAGACAAUUGGUGAUAUCUCUAUGUUGGCAGAUGUACUGAAGGUUGCGUCAAGCUCGGACGAUGGCACCGUGCUCGCAUCAGUGGCGGACACUACUAACUGUCAUUUCGACUCGUUAUCUGUCAUUGGUGCUACAAUGGACCUGUUCCGCAAAUUGGUUGAUGCGUAUGCCGGCAUCAAACGAUUCGGCACUCCCAGCCUGGAUCUGAUGUUUUCACUCAUUGAACUUGGUCUUCGCAUUCCAAACGAGCUCAACACUGUCGCCAUCCUUCGCCAGGAUCUCUCGCGCAUGGAGAACAAGUCCGUUGUCGCUGCUUGUUCGCCUGUCUCGGACCACAUUCCAGAUAGCUUCGGUGAAGCCGAUCCUCUGUUCCGCGAAAAACUGGAUCAGCUCUUGCUGUUCGGCAAUGUUAUGGAUGAGCCCACUUUGGACACCAUCUUCAACAUGCUGGCAAAACAUCUGGAAUCUGGCGAGGGCAAGACGAAACUGUCAGCUAAUGAUACCUGUAGGUAUCUAGCGCAGUUGCGGUCCUUCCAGCCUAAACAUUUUGAUGUCAUUCUCGCACGUUGGGUCUGUGGACACCUCAGGUCAUCCGAUCGCUCGGCACUGCUUCGCAUUCUUCCGCCACUCAUCGGAGUAGGAUGCGUGACUAUUCGAUCGUUCCUGUCACUCGCCAAGAGACUGUCCAAUUCUGCGAGCUCCAUUCCCAAGGCCGCAUAUCUGCCCGCCGAUCUAGUUGAACUUCUCGUGGCGCACGACGAGGAUGGCAUGUACCUCGAUCUCGUUUCCUACCGCUUCCGGCUAGCGCAGCAAGAGUUCAUCUCCAGGAACACCGAGGAGGCUCUUGGAAUUGUUUUUGAUGCCGCUGCCUGCCUCAAGUCCGGUGAUGAGAAACCCGCUCUCAAGUAUAUCAACUUGGAGUCUUCUAUGGUUAAGUUAUUGCGAGAACUGCUUGUGCGGAAUCCCGACUGCACAAGCAAAUAUUGCUUGCACAAGAUUGACAACCAGUCCCCGGCCGCGACCGUUGUCUUCCAGAAAGCGCUCGAUCUCUUGCUUGGGGUAGACUCACAGAAAGAAAACGGGUCGGUGAUAUCGGCAGUGGAGAAGCUUGCAAACACAACAGACGACUUUUCGCUUCCGCUCUGCCAGUUGAAGCUCCAGGUGCUUUUCCACGCCGACUCUGCAAAUGAGGAUCGAUCCAAUCUUGUGGACGCGAUGUUCAAGACUGUCGUGGCUGAUUCACGUGCGCAUAAACUCCACUGGGUUGACCUUGUCGCUUUGAUGAGUUCCGAUGCUGUGCGUCAGAUCCGUGAACGGGCUGAGAAAGAGUUCUUUGCGAUUCCGCUCCUUGAAGAGCCGGUGACCUCGCAGAGUGUGAGCUCUUUGGAGAAUGCAAAGUUGUAUCUCACCAUCAUCGAAGAACUCGCAAAUAGUAUUCCCAAUUCCGGGGCGCCAUUGAUUGCGCCGCUGCUCGUUGAGAAGAUGGACACCCUUCUGCACAAGAUUAUCGCCUUGCAGACAAGUCUCAACAACUCCGGUGAGAAUCGCAGCGCCACAUCGACCGGUCAAGGACGCACCACCUUUGAGCGGUCCCUAGCAUUUUGGUUCUCAGCCUUACUACGAAUGGUGGUCAUCCAUCGCGCCUCGUUCAUUCAGCCAUCUCCCACGCUGAAAAUUGGAUCCCCUCACGAGCAGUCCCGCCUUCUGAUAUCAAUCUUCUGCGUUGCACUUUCUCGUCUUCCAGGCGACGUGCUCCGCUUCUUCCCCGGCGCCGACUAUUUCCCCCGCCAAGGCACUGUAGAAGACUACCGUCCUUGCCCAGGGAUCCUGCUGCAGACACAUGCGUUGGACGUGGCCGCCUCCCUCAUCGACAUCUUCCCCGACGAGAUCCGUCAUCUGUGCGCCCGCUUCCUCAAGGAGAAGUGCCCUCCCUUUGCACCACUCCAGAACGACUCGCGUUUCGUCUACCUACUCGGCCCCAUGUCGGAUUCCCACCCGUCCAGCAUUCUUCAGUCGGCAUCUGCCGCGUCCCCCGCGGCCUCCGCAUCCACGCCAACCCCGACGUCAGCCAAUUUCCCCGCCGCCGCCGGCACUUCUCAGCCCACAGCGUCGAGUUGGUACGGUGGACUUUCCGAGAACUCGAACUGCAUAGCGAACCGGCUGCGUCUGCAGAAUCGGGGCCGUAUUGUCGGUCCGUACCCGGUUCGGCCGUGGGAGCUUCUCGAAGACGCGGCUCCUUUCGUGGGCGUGAAUGAUACCGCGGUGAACUUGGGCUAUUUCGAUGCGAGACGUGUGCGUGUCUAG